GACUUACAGCAGUAGGACUCUGCAUCCAGGUCUGUCUUCACAGGCCCCAGCUGCACAGCACAUCUGGGCUAGCUCUGGCUGUGGGUAGUUACCUGCCCUGGGAACUCUGACAAGACCAUCCCAUCACCACUUGGUCUCAGAUGCCCUGCCAGCCAGCUAUGCUACUAGAUGGCCUCAUCCUGCUGGCCACCAUGGCUGCAGCCCAGCACAGAGGGCCAGAAGCCAGUGGGCGCCGCCAGAUUCAUCGGGUCCAGCACGGCCAGUGCAGCUACACCUUUGUGCUGCCGGAGCCUGAUAUCUGCCAGCUAGCGCCAGUGGCACCCGAGUCUUUGGGGGGCUCCAAUAGCCUCCAGAGGGACUUGCCUGCCUCAAAGCUGCACCCAACAGACUGGCGAGCCCAGCGGGCCCAGCGGGCCCAGCGUGUGAGCCAGCUGGAGAAGAUACUAGAGAAUAACACUCAGUGGCUGCUGAAGCUGGAGCGGUCCAUCCAGAUGAACUUGAGGUCAGACCUGGCACAGGCCCAACAGCACACAAUCCAGAAUCAGACAACCACCAUGCUGGCACUGGGCACCAACCUCAUGAACCAGACCAUGGCUCAGACCCACAAGCUGACUGCUGUGGAGGCACAGGUCCUAAACCAGACAUCACACAUGAAGACCCAAAUGCUGGAGAGCUCACUGUCCACCAACAAGCUGGAGAGGCAGAUGCUGAUGCAGAGCCGCGAGCUGCAGCGGCUGCAGGGCCGCAACAGGGCCCUGGAGAUCAGGCUGCAGGCAUUGGAAGCACAGCAUCAGGCCCAGCUUAACAGCCUCCAAGACAAGAGGGAACAACUGCAGAGCCUCCUGGGCCAUCAGACCGGGGCCCUGGCUAACCUGAAGCACAAUCUGCAAGCCCUUGGCAGCAAUUCCAGCUCCCUGCAACAGCAGCAGCAGAAACUGAUGGAGUUAGUACAGCGCCUGGUGCGGAUUGUAGCCCAGGACCAGCACCCAGUUUCCUUAAAGACACCUAAGCCACUGUUCCAGGACUGUGCAGAAAUCAAGCGUUCCGGGGUCAACACCAGCGGUGUCUAUACCAUCCAUGGGGCCAACAUGACAAAGCCUCUCAAGGUAUUCUGUGACAUGGAGACCGAUGGAGGUGGCUGGACCCUCAUCCAGCAACGGGAAGAUGGAAGCAUGAAUUUCCAGAGGACCUGGGAGGAAUACAAAGAGGGUUUUGGCAAUGUAGCUAGAGAGCACUGGCUGGGCAACGAGGCUGUGCACCGCCUCACCAGCAGAACGGCCUACUUGCUACGUGUGGAGCUGCGGGACUGGGAAGGCCGCCAGACCUCCAUCCAGUAUGAGAACUUCCAGCUGGGCAGUGAGAGGCAGCGGUACAGCCUCUCUGUGAAUGAGAGCAGCAGCUCAGCAGGGCGCAAGAACAGCCUGGCUCCUCAGGGCACCAAGUUCAGCACCAAAGACAUGGACAAUGAUAACUGCAUGUGCAAAUGUGCUCAGAUGCUGUCUGGAGGGUGGUGGUUUGACGCCUGUGGCCUCUCCAACCUCAACGGCAUCUACUACCCAGUUCAUCAACACUUACACAAGAUCAAUGGCAUCCGCUGGCACUACUUCCGAGGCCCCAGCUACUCACUGCCUGGCACACGCAUGAUGCUGCGGCCAAUGGGUGCCUGACACACAGCCCUACAGAGACUGAUGCUGUAGGAGGAGUCUCAACCCAGAUGACUCUGUGCACGCUGAGCCCUGCCCAGAAGUCAGUGCCCAGGGCUCAUCUUGACAUUCUAGAACACCAGAGCCAGCCUACCUUGUCCCUGAAUUACAAGAGUCACCUGCCUCCCUGUGCCCCUCUAAUGUGAAAUGCUGAGUGCUUGAGGUGCCUGCCUCUGUGUGACCCAUACUCUUCCCCCUCCUGCUGCAUGCAGGGACUCCCUGAGGCAGACUGAACUUGACACCUCAGAGGAUGGGGUUGCAGCAGGUGGGAAAAUCUUGCAGACUGGGGUGCCCUCUUCCAGGGGAGGCCGAGAUUCUAUCCUCCAAGUUUCUCUUGCCUUGAGAUGUCCACAGACUUUCUUUCCAAGGUUGGUAAACACUGUUUCUGCUCCCAGGCCCCAGUGCUAGCCAUCAUUCCCCAGGGCUCUGUGGCUCUUGGACUUCAAUGGCUGACAGUCAGAUCUGGUCUCUCAGAGGCUUCUAGAAAUAGGAGAGGGGAUCUUUUUACACCAGUGUUUCCUAGAGUGUGCUCCAUAGGUAAUAACUAAGGCUCCUCUCUAAAGUACUUUGGACAAAGUGAGAGAGAAACAGCAGGUUAAAUAAAGAGAAUAGACGUUCCUAACUGCAA